AACUUUAUACAGUUCCAAUCCAUGAUUAUUGCAUCAAAGAAAGAGAAAGCAACGUAGGAUUGAAGUUUGUGAGCAAAACCAAUCACCUUCUUUUUGGACAGUCCAAAGAGGCCAAAUAUUGUAUGCAUUUCUGUCAAAACCCAACUCGUAAUAUUUGAUAUUUUACUACCUACUACCAUCCAUCGCCGAGGAGAGUUUCCUUUCCAACGAUACUUACAAGAGCUUCUCUGUCUUUUGCUCUUGUCGUUAGCUUGCAUUUAUAGUAUAUAAAUCUUGUUUUCUUUUUUUCUGGGUUUCACUGGCUAAGUUAAAAGACUACGUUAUGGCGGAGGAGGAUCUUAAAAAAGCUGAAGCAGACACUGGACCAGGGCCAUCUUCUGUGACCAAAUCCAAACUACUUGAAGAGGAAAAGCCAGUUCAUGACGAUGCUGCUGAGGAGAAGGUUUUGAACCCAGUUGAUCAAAAGGUUGCAGAUCCUGCCACUGAGAAAAAUUCUGGGGAUUCAGUUUGCAGAGAUGCUGUCCUUGCAAGAGUUGAAUCAGAAAAAAGAUUGGCUUUAAUAAAAGCUUGGGAAGAAAAUGAAAAGGCAAAAGCUGAUAACAGGGCAUAUAAAAGGCUCUCUGCCAUUGCGUCCUGGGAGAACAGUAAGAAGGCAGUGGCAGACGUACAAUUGAAAAAAUAUGAGGAAAAACUGGAAAUGAAGAAGGCAGAAUAUGCAGAGAGAAUGAAAAAUAAAAUUGCAGAGAUCCGUAAGGAAGCUGAAGAGAAGAGAGCAAUGAUUGAGGCGAAACGAGGUGAAGAUGUUCUUAAGGUAGAGGAGACUGCAGAAAAAUUCCGAGCAGCUGGCUAUACACCUUGGAAGUUCCUUGGCUGCUUUGGUGCUUGAACUUGUUUUCAGGAUUUUGUUUCCUCUUUUUUUUUUUUUUUUCCAAACUUAAUAUGAUUUUCAUUCUAUUUUGUGCCGUUUUCUCUGACCUGUACACUUGUGUGAUUCAAAAUUUUACACAUUUAUAUUUGUGCCUA